CCCGAUAACCAAACGUGAGUCCACACAUUUGCCCCCAUGCAGGGUCCACAGACACUCAGAGCCAAUUACAGCCACUCAGCAACACAACGGCUUAUUUUAAUAGGCUGUGGAACAAUCGGGCUGUAUGUGACAGGAGCCCAAUGAGCUGCGGCUUCAAUCAUAUGACUGUGACCAACGCACAGCGGCGCAGCUAACAGUCAUCAGAGGUGUCACAAGGGCACCGCCGCUCUGUUGGCAGGAGUAUGCAGUAUUUCAGAGUACCAGUACCUCAGCAGCUCCGUGUGCAGAAAUAAAACUGCUCAUCCAGGACAAUCGGCUGGGCGUCAGCUGAGAGCAGCGUCAGGACGAGGACUAGUUUACAUUCCGCCGGUUCUGGAGAAUUCCUUCUAUAAACAGUGCAGCCUCGCCGGUCCAGUGAGUCCUGCUGAGCCGCAGCAUCAGUGCAGACGUACCGGAGGUCGGAGCUCCUCUACCAGGAGCAUCCUCGGUCCUCUGACCGUCCUCAUCCUGCGGCUGCCCCGGCUCCGGGUCGCUGCGUAAAGCCGCUACAACGCGCAGUAGUGCGAUGACAAACGACUGCCCGGGGAGGAGGUAGGCAGUUUACUGGGGGAGGUGCAGCAGCUCUCUGGGUCUCCAGGCCUCAGCGUGCACCAUGGUCGGACGCGGACUGUUGGUGUGUAAUGGCCGGUUGGGGAAGCGAGGCAGCAGAGCUGGGAUCCUGCCCUAUGUGUGCGCGGCGGGAGUGUGCGCGGCCGUGAUGGCGCUGCUCUUCGUGGAUUUAAUCGAGUCCUGGGUGACGUCCAUGAACAUGAAUGUCGUGAUGAUGGACCCGCACGGCAUCUUCCCCCCGCAGAGUGCGCCUCCCAGCAGACCGGAGGAUUCCCUGCUGCGCCCCACCCGUUUGGUGUCCCAGCGGGCCAAACCGUACCUCAUCACCAUGGUCACCUCGGCUCCCGCCAAUCAGAGGGCGCGCCAGGCCAUCAGAGACACUUGGGGAGGGGAGGUGGAGGUGAGGGGGCUGCGGGUCAUGACCCUCUUCAUGGUGGGCGUGGUGUCCGACCCGGGUCUGUCCAAGAUGCUGAUAGAGGAGGCCCGCGAGCGAAGGGACUUGGUUCAGGGACGUUUUCUGGACUCCUACUCCAACCUCACCCUGAAGACCCUGUCCAUGCUGGGCUGGGCCCGCAGGUUCUGCCCCCAGGCUCAGUUCUUGGCCAAAGUUGACGACGACGUCCUCUUCAAUCCCAGCGCGCUUUUGCACUACCUGAAUAAAAGCCGUAACCCCUACGAACAAGGAGACCUGUACCUGGGCAGGGUGCACCUGAACGUGGCCCCGGACCGUGACCCCGACAGCAGGCACUACCUCCCCUCAGGAGCCUACCCCCGCCCGGUCUUUCCCGAUUACUGCAGCGGUACGGCCUACGUCCUGUCCCGCUCCGCCUUGCUCAAAAUCUCCCUGUCGGCCUCCGUGUCGCCUUUAUCUACCCCGCUGCCCCCCGAGGACGUGUUUGUCGGCCUGUGUGCCCGGACGGCGGGGGUGCUCCCCUCACACUGCCCCCUCUUCUCUGGCAGUGCGGGACUCCCCUACGGACGCUGCUGCUACCAGGCCAUGGUGUCCGUCCACCACGUCUCCCCCAGGGAGAUGCUGCACUUCUGGGCUGACCUGCACUCCUCUUCCUCCUGCUCCUGGCUGACGCAGCGCGCCUCCCUGGGGGUGUGCAAAGUCCGGGGGAUGCUCGGGUUGGCCCUGGGGCUGAAGAAGGGGUUGUGAGUGUCGGGGGAGGAGGAGAUGGGGGAGGAGGUGGGGGAGGAGGUGGAGGUGGAGG